AUGAAACUCCUACGUAACUCGAUGCUGCAUUCUGAAGGAAAGGUGAUUGCGACGGAUGCUGACAUCAACGCCAAUGGCAACUUGACCUAUUCCAUUCGUCAGAGCACUGGUCCAGCCGAUCUAUUCGACAUUAACGCCCGCAGCGGUGUCAUCUUUUUGCUUCGUCAGGUACCUCUCAACUGGCGCGCAUCGGGUCUACCUUUACCGCAGACUUCAGGCAAAUCGGAGACGGGCAAAACCACAGGUAGAGAUCCACGAGAAAGUGGAGACGGCCUCAGUAACAGCGAGACUCGAUGGCUCGACAACACAGAUACUUCGCAACUUGGAGGCCUGGCACAGAUAUCGAGGGAGGAAGAUGAGUCGGACGAGUCACUGGCAUCUCAGUUGGAUACGAAGAAUCGCUAUGAGGCGGGACACAACUGGCCGCCCUAUCUGGUGCGUGUGGAGGCUUGCGACCAAGGACAAAAGCCUCGAUGCUCCAGCUUCUCGAAUUUGCAGAUACAGGUAGUCAUUCUUGCCUUUGUCUGUAAUCCAGUUGGGAUCAGAUUGGGUCAGCACCGCUUCCUUCUAAAAGUUCACUUUGCUGCCAAACACAAUAAAUAA